GCAGCCUUUGCCUAGCAUCCCUGUGUAUUUAACUACAUUUCUAAUCUCAACUAUAACUUGGACUAAAACUAUUUCGAAGGCACAUUAGUACCGAUGAUAAGAAAUGAAAAUACAGGACUCAUGCUCCCUGUUUAAUGUUUAACCGCCCUGCCCACGUAAGUGGGAGGAGGAAAUUUUUAUGUUGGCUGACUCAAAGCGUUGGCUAGAAACACUUUGCUCAGACCGAGGUGAAACCACACGACUAUGGACUAAGACCUACAAGGACUCUUGGGGAUCCUGGAUGAUCAUCAGGAAUGGGAAGAAAUGGACAAGGUUUGGGGCCACACACUUGGCUUUGGGGCUGAGACACUGAGUAUUUAGAACAUAGUAAAAGGUGCUAAAGAGUCGUUAUAUUUUCUACUUUGGUGUGUCCUGAAAUGAUACACCUCUUGUGAUUUGGAGUUUUCCCACCAACUGGAAUCUCUUUGAAGAAUCAGAAAUUAAGUUCAGACAAAGAAAAGUCCUCAGUAUAAGUUGUUAUCUUGGAAAACUGCUCACCUCUGGAUCUUGGCUCUAAUCACAGGGACGGCGCCCAGCAGAGCUGAUAAGCUAAAAGGAAAAAAAUCAAUACCUAGAAAAAAAAUCUGAGCUCUCUACUCUGCAACCAUGAAUGAGGAAAUAGAAGAGAUAGCAGAAGAGAACGAUUGGAGGGAACUUGAACCCAGCAACCCCGUCAAAAUCUUCCUGACAAUCCUUUACAGCCUCAUCCUGGUAACAGGUAUUGUGGGUAAUUCAGUCACUAUCAGAGUAACACAAGUAUUGAAGCGUAAUGGCUACUUGCAGAAGAACGUGACCGACCACAUGGUUAGCCUAGCAUGCUCGGACUUGCUGGUGCUCCUCAUCGGCAUGCCUGUGGAGCUCUACAGCGCCAUCUGGUUCCCAUUCAUGUCGACAUCAGGCAACGUUUCGUGUAAGAUAUACAACUUCCUGUUCGAGGCCUGCAGCUAUGCCACCAUCCUCAACGUAGCUACGCUUAGCUUUGAGCGCUACGUGGCUAUCUGCCACCCGUUUCGUUUCAAAGCCCUGGGUGGAAAACGCACCUCUGCCCUCAUCACCUUCGCCUGGCUGGUGUCUGUGAUCGUGGCCCUGCCUUUGCUGAUUGCCACUGGAACACAAGGACACAUUCCCUCACUAAGGGAUACGCCUGUCCAGAAUCUGACUUUCUGUACAAAUCUUAGGGAGCACUGGAUGAUGUACAGGAGCAGCCUCUUUGUGGCUUUCAUCAUCUACAUGACUGUGUUUAUCUGCGUGGCCUUCAUGUGCCGGGCAAUGAUCCUUGUCCUUCGGAAAUCUAUGGGAUCCAUGGAUGGUGGCAUCGAUGGAACUCAGAGAGCAGCCAAGCACGAAAGUUCAAAGGUCAAGAUGGCCAGGAAGCAGACCAUCAUUUUUCUUGGUCUCAUUGUGGGAUCCUUGAUAGUGUGCUGGCUUCCCAACCAGAUUCGUCGUCUUAUGUUGGCUGCUGUGCCCAAGUCCCGCUGGACUGUUGCCUUCUUCCAGAACUACGUCAAGCUGACACCUGUGGCCGACACCUUCUUCUACCUAAGCUCCGUCAUCAACCCGUUCCUCUACAACCUCUCCUCUCAACAGUUCAGGAAGGUUUUUGUCCAGGUGCUACAGUGUCGCCUCACCAUCGAACACAUCAACAAGCGGACCGUGCCGAGCUCCCGCGCUGCUUCUGCACGCUCCUUUCGGCCCUUGCUGAUGAAGUCAUUGCGUCGCAACAGGUCUAAUCAGUCCACCAUUCCCCAGGAGAAACCACCUCCAACCUUUAAAACCUUUCAGACGCAAAGUGACUCCGGAGUGGCUUCUAAUGCUACGUCUCUUAGCCUGACUGAGGAGUCUGAUUUAAUUAUGAAAGUAAAGAUAGAUGCACCAUCAGAGACUGAAAUAUAAUGUGCUGUACAAUUUAAUGCAACACAGUGAACAGUAAAACCAAGCCAAAGAUGAUUGUGCUGUGCCUUCAGAAACAAAUAUAGAUAUUCAUUAUACACAGUAAACACAGUACAAAGUGUAAAGUUAGGAAUUUCACUGACAGAUCAGCUGACAAUUUGGCACAAUAGCAAGUUUGCAAACAGACAUUAAACUCAAAGAAUGUGAAACUGUUUUCAAGUCAGAAAAAGAUUAUACAAAGCUCAAAUAUUCAGUUAAGCAUGAUGUCCGAACAGUUUGAGCUAAAGGUACCCAGUGGAGUUUGUGACCACUCGUGGUUAUAUGGAGCUUUCAUGUGUAACUGGCACAGAGCUGGUGACCACAGUUAGGAUAGCAGAUGACUUGAAAUAUACUGGCCAAAAAAUGAAAUGAGUCAUUGUAUUAUAAGAAUUUGACCCUUUAAGCCCAACAAUUUAAUUAAAAGUCUAUCAAUGUGAGGCUGACAUGUUAACUGGCUUAAAAAAUAAAGUAGUAGUAGUAACCUGCAUGUUUUUGUCAGCGAGUUCAUAUAUUAGACACUUAACGUUGGAAUCCCAACGUCAAUGCAAUGCUGUGUGGAGUUUUGCCUGCCGCCUGUUAAUUUGCUCAGACUUGGUCAUUUUUUCCUGGUUUACAUGCUUCUUAAUAAUGUAAAUAUGCUACAUAGAUAAAAACUUUCCCCUUUUGGCACAAAAGUGAAAAUAUGACACAAAGUUCUGCAAAUUAAUAAAAUAUGUUGUUUGUUUAUGCACUCUAGGAUGAUGCAUUUCCCAAUUAGAUGCCCUGUUCAUGUGGAUAUAAUUUGUCAUUGUCUUCCAAAACUGUUUAACAUCAGAUGGUUCAAAUAACAGACACAGGUUAUGAAAUGGUUUUAAUCAUGCCUGAAAGAGAGUAAUUUUUUUGUUUGAACCAAACAGCAUUCUCCCAUGUUAGUCAGAUGGGGGUUUUUUUUAUUCCUUGUUUACCCCUGUUAUAAUUACUACGGCUUCUAGAGGGCACUGUUACUUGAAUGCGCUGUAAUAUGAACUCAGGGCGCCGCAUUCAGACAGAAUCUGGCACUGUGGUGUGCGUUGACGUCGAUAAGCCAGUUAAGCGAAAUAAAAAGUUAUUUUACUGAUUGUUUCACAGUGGUUACAUUCAGCACAAAUAGACAUGCUGGACAACCCUGUAGCAAUGCCUGAUCCUGUCUGAAUCCACCUUUAGCUAUUCAGUUCUCUUAAUACAUCUGUCACAUGCAAGCUGUGUGUCCCCUGGCUUCAUGCUUUAACACUCACUGACAGCAGGUUGCAACGAUUGGAGAAAAAAGGACUGCUAGCUGGUAAAAACAAUACGAAAUGUUUUAAAAAAGUGACUUUACAAAUGUUUUAUGUGUUUAUGCCUUUUUGUGAGAACCAGAAACUCCACAGGGCACCUUUAAGUUUUAACUCUGCAAAACAACUGAAUAUUACAUUUUGAUGGACAACACCAGCUUCUUGCAAGUUUAGCUCCUCAUAUUACCUUGUGUCAUAAUAUAUUCGGCUGUAAAUCAAAGUGUGCACACUAAUACAUAUUCCCUGAUCACAGGUAAUAAGCAUUAUUUAAAAAACUGCUUUCAGUGCCAUAAAGUCGUUUUCUAAAGAGACCGGUGAGUGAAACUUGCAAAAAAGUUGGCGUGGUCUAACAACAAUCACAUGUAAACUCUAGAUGCCCCUCAUUGUACCACAUUAUUAUUAGACUACUGCUGCUCCACCUCGACGCCAAUAUAGUCAUUAGAGAUGCAAUGAAUAUGGGAUGUGUAGGUUUAUACAGAUUUGUGUAUUUCAACAUGCUCUUGUAGGUCUGUGUGCAAUAUCUGGGAGUUAGUGGAGGAAAAUACAAACUGGACUUUUGUAAUGGUUUCCACUGCGUGUUAGUGGGAGUGGGAGUUGUACCUAAGAGGGGCCUGACAGCUGUAAGUGGAUUUAAUAUUAUCACUUUGUUCUAUCCAGAAUCAUUUAACAGUAUCUUUAUUGUAUCAUACUUCAUCUUUUUCAGUUAAUAAAUACAGAAAAAUGA